UUCCUGUAUGGAAGUUGCCUGUGGAACGGCCCUCGGUGGUCUUCGCCUCCUACCCACGUGAGUGUGGAAAGCCCGCGGAGGAAGGAGCGGGCUCUGGCGCUUCGCGUGGGGAAAGAUCGGCUUUGCAGAAUUGACGGAGGGAUCACUUUGCUCCUGGUAUCGUCAUUCUACCAAUGGCCAAAGGCACAGAAGAAACAGAAAGGCUACUGAAGAGAAUCCAGGAGCUGGAAGAGACGGUGCAAAGGCUAGAAGGCAGGCUCUUGGAAAACAGAAAAGGCCCAGGCGAGGGGAAUGGCGUCCCAGCAUCAGGAAAGGGGAAGAAACGUCCACAGCGGCCAUUCAAUUUCAGUGCGUAUGGCCAGAGGCACGUGGCACUCAAGAUUGCCUACCUAGGGUGGGAAUAUCAGGGCUUUGCCAGCCAGGAGAACACCAACAAUACAAUAGAAGAGAAACUGUUUGAAGCUCUGGGAAAAACUCGGUUGGUAGUCAACAGACAGACUUCUAACUAUCAUCGCUGUGGACGUACAGACAAGGGAGUCAGUGCAUUUGGACAAGUGAUCUCUUUGGAUCUCCGGUCAAACCUUUCAGACAAUAAAUCUGGGGUUGUCACAGAAGGUAAAAGUCAUAUUUCAGAGGAGAUCCGCUACACCCAUAUUUUGAAUCAGGUACUUCCUCCUGACAUAAGAGUAUUGGCAUGGGCCCCUGUAGAUCCUAGCUUCAGUGCUAGAUUUAGUUGCCUGAAGAGGACCUAUCGCUAUUUUUUCCCUCAUGCUGAUCUGGAUGUUGCUCUUAUGAAUACAGCAGCUCAAAGAUUUAUAGGGACCCAUGAUUUUCGUAAUCUCUGCAAAAUGGACGUAGCCAAUGGUGUGACCAACUUUCAGAGGACAAUCCUGACUGCAGAAGUGAAGCUUGCAGAUCAAGAAAAGAAAGUGGAAGAACUAAACCCUUUCCAACUGUAUGCAUUUGAAGUAACAGGCCAAGCAUUCCUCUAUCACCAAGUCCGCUGCAUGAUGGCCAUUCUCUUCUUGAUUGGACAAAGGAUGGAAAAGCCAGAGAUUAUUGAUGAACUGUUUGAUAUAGAAACCAAUCCUAGGAAACCACAAUACAGCAUGGCAGUGGAAUUUCCUCUAGUUUUAUAUGAUUGUGAGUUUGAAAACAUCCAGUGGAACUAUGAUCAUCAAGUCCAGGAAUUUAAUGUUACACGCUUUCAGCAGCUUUGGACAAACCACGCCAUUAAAAGUCAGGUGCUUUACAGCAUGUUAUGGGGCCUGGAUUUUGCAAAGAUACCUACAGAGCCAGCUUCAAGCAACAGCACAACAAUACUCUGGAGAGAGGUAUCGCCACCAGUCCACAACCAUAUUAGUGCUUUAAUCGAGGGAGUGAAAGCCCGCAAUUACAAACCAUUAAUGGAUCGGCCCAAAUGUGAAGGUCUAGAAUCUCGUAUCAGUCAUUUUGUGCGCAGAGGACGCAUUGAACAACCAAAUUUGAAAAAAACAAAGCAUUCUGAAAGGGAAUUGGAUGAGCAAAUGGAAACUAAAAGCAGCCCGGUGGAUUCUAUUCAAUUGGACAAGGAAAUUCCAGAACAAACUGCAAAAAGGAUAUGUAUUAGUACAGAUUGAAGUUUCUCGAUGCCAACUGCUAUCUCCAAACAAAUUACAUUGAAAUUAUCUAUUAGACAUUUAAAGUUACAAUGAUAAUAGAUUACAUAUAGACUUACACACAUUUCCGUUUAACUUUCAAAAAAAUAAUACUUCAUUAUAUAACUCUGAUGGGAAGAUAUUCAAUUAUUAAAAAAAACUGAAGUAAAUCCUAAUAUUGGUUCUGCAAUUUUGUUUACAGCUGCAUACGGAAAGUAUCCAAUGCUUAAACAAUUGUAAAUAAUGAUUAUAACAAUUAUAUUUGCCAAAGCAGUAAUUCAGGGAAUAUGGGGGAGGUAGAUAAGUAGGUAAAAUUUCCAAGGGAAUUGUAUUUUAAUAGUUCAGUUUUCUCCAGAAAAUACCAUAGCUAGUUAUGCAAAUUUCUCAGUCCUUUACAUUUAUCUCAUAUUUUUAAAAAGCUAUUUUCUGAUCUACUUUAAACAUUUGGUACAUUCAUGAGAAUCAGUCUGGCAUAGAAGGUAUCGGGUUAGAAAUCAGGAGAUUAUGAGUUCUAGUUCUUUUUUGGGGACAAAGCCAACUGGGUAAGUCUUUUUAUCUCAGUCCUAGGAAGGACACAGUGGUAAACUAUUUUGGAAAAACCUUGCUAAAACAGCAGGCUUUGUCCCAGCAUCUCCAAGAAUCAAAUAUUAUUAAACAAAAGAAAAUACAUUGUGUGGAAACUCUGGAUAUGAUUACAUUGUCUCCCAUGAAGAUCCUGAGGAUGCCUUCCCUAGAAAUCACAUAUACACUUUAUCAACAACAUGAUGUAAUCUAAACAAAUUGUCCAGUGGCAGCUUUAGUAGAUCACCUGGUUGUCUCAGCUUUGCAGAAUGCCAUAUGAAAUAUUAAAAUAUUCAUCUGUUUUAAUGUACAACAAUCAAUCAGUGGACAAUGACAUAAAAAGGCAUCUACUAAAUCCUCAAAACAUAAGCUUAGUUCAUACAUUUUGCUAAGUCACGAUAUGGUUUCUUCUUAGUAGAGCAAUGAAUUCGUUCAUUGUGGAUUGCGAAUUAUGGAAUACAGAGUAGUGCAGGCUCAAUAUGGUACUUAUCCAGUGGUGGGUUUCAAAGAGGUUUACCACCGGUUCAGUGGGCUUGGUUUGGUGGGCACACUUUGCACACGCACAGGGGCUUUCCUACUCGCCUCCUGCAAACCCUGUAG